GGGAGUUUGCAAUCAGUCAUAUCUCGAUUGCUUCUGCUUGGGCCAUGCCUAACCAGUCUACGUGUAAAACAUGUAAAUGGCUUGAUGAAACCUAGCGUCGUAUGCCACAGCAGGAAAAUGGGAUUCUACCAGGAUUUCACGGGUCAGUGAUAUACAAUGAAUAAGGCAAAAAAGAAUAGAAGAGGAGAGAGUUAAAUUUGACCUGAGAAUUUAAUGUUGCACCUAACAUAACUUCCUAGGGGCAACUAUAAAUCAUGCCAGCAAACCAAGGAAAUCUCCUCACCUACACUGCAAACUAAAAAAGGGCAAAUACAACAAAUCACAAUUUCUGAUUUAACAAAAAGUCAGAAAUACCCUGUAUAGGAUACAAUGGUCUGCAUGCCUGAAGUACCAUUUCUGAGCAUAUUAAGGGGUAUUCUCCUGAGCAUCUCUCUUCAGGCUUAGGUGAGAACACCUUGCUUCAAAAGCAAGACAAUUAAAUAAAAGGGGAAAGAUCUAGCUAUUGAAUGCGAUUCCAAUCUCCUGUUAUUGCUCCGAUGAAAGCAGAACAAGAGAGGAAAAUGCGAAAAGAAGAGGAUGAAUCAUUGAUCAUCUACCUCAAGAAAGAAGUCGAAGCGGCUCUGCUAAGGACUGAUUCACUGGAGAAAGAAAAUCAGGAUUUACGACAAGAAGUAGUUCGUCUAAAAGCACAAAUAUGUUCACUCAAAGCACACGACAAUGAGAGGAAAUCCAUGCUUUGGAAGAAAUUACAGAAUCCCUUUGACAGCAGCAAAACUGAAGUAUUUCUGCAGAAACAAUCAGAUUUUGUCAAAGUUUCAGAAAGGAAUGUGGAACAUUCAAGUCCAAGACCGAGUAUACAAGAACUAGCUGCGAUAAAAGAGAAGCACGCUAAAGUACCAAAUCCACCACCAAGGCCUACUUCUGUAGCCCCUCCAUCACUCAAGGAAGCGAACGACAAUAAGUUGCCACCGACAUCUGCACCACCGCCUCCGCCUCCUCCACCAAAUAUGUGUGCUGGGUCAAAAGCAGUGCGCCGCGUGCCAGAAGUAGUGGAGUUCUAUCGUUUGCUUACAAGGAGAGAUGCCCACAUGGAGAACAGAACCAAUUCAGCUGCUAUUCCUGUAGUCGCAUUUACUCCUAACAUGAUUGGAGAAAUUGAGAAUCGCUCCAGUUAUCUUUCUGCUAUAAAAUCGGAUGUGGAAAAACAGAAGGAAUUUAUCAAUUUCCUAAUCAAAGAAGUGGAGUCUUCAGCCUUCAAAGACAUAUCUGAUGUGAAGGCAUUUGUGAAAUGGCUAGAUGAUGAAUUAUCAUCUUUGGUUGACGAGAGGGCAGUAUUGAAGCAUUUCCCACAAUGGCCAGAACGAAAAGCAGAUGCUUUGCGAGAAGCUGCUUUCAACUACCGAGACCUAAUGAACCUCGAGUCUGAAGUUUCAUCAUUCCAGGACAAUCCCAAAGAUCUUUUGACCCUAGCCCUGGGAAGAAUGCAAGCAUUGCAAGACAGGUUGGAGCGAAGUAUUGAUAAUAUGGAAAGGACGAGAGAGGGCAUGAUCAAGAGAUACAGGGAUUUUCAGAUCCCAUGGGAAUGGUUGCUGAACACGGGGUUGAUCGGUCAGAUGAAAUUAAGUUCUUUGAGGCUGGCCAAGGUUUAUUUGAAAAGGAUAACUAAAGAACUGCAGCUUAAUGAAUGCUCGGGAGAAGAUAAUCUCUUGCUUCAAGGAGCUAGAUUUGCCUAUCGUGUACACCAGUUCGCAGGUGGUUUUGAUGCAGAGACCAUACGUGCGUUUCAAGAGCUAAAGAAGAUUGGCAUGGGUAGUCUCAAACAAUAGUGUGUUAAGGUUAUCCAAUUUGUUUAGACAUGUGUCUGAAUGAGAUAUUAUUGAGUGCCAGAGUGGUGUGUUAGAAGGCCACCAGCACGAAGUGUAUCAAUUAGUGCUAUAAAAGUAUUAGCCAGUGCCUCCUGAAAUUCAGUAGAAUGGGAGAUUUCCAUAAAUUAUGAAAUCAUUUUCUCUAGCUCUAAUGGAUAAGACACACUAAGCAUUGGUUUCUGAACAA